UUAUAUUUAUAAUUGUUUAAAAAAUAUAUAUUCAUAAUAAUAUGUAUAAUUAUUCACCCAGAAUGAAACUAUUUGAAAUUAUUUGGUGUUAUGGGAUUUAAUUCUAACUUUAUAGGGUCAGUUAAAAACUCAUUUGCAACACCAACAAUAGAAAAUCAUUACAUUGAAAAACUAUUUUCCAAACAUAACGUUGCCCUUGAGUCUCUACAGAGCUACGUAGGAGAUGAUGUUAUCAAGUUGGAACUGUAUCUCGUCAAUUACAUCGAGAAUAUUAAUACCUCAAUCAAUCUCAAUGUAUUUGUACAAUCAAUUCUACAAUGUUUUCAUAACAUAAGCAUAAAUACCUCUGAUUUUAAAACGUUUGAAAAUAAUGAUUUGCUGUUAUCUCAGGAAUACUCUCAAUAUAAUUCUGAGUAUAUAAAUAACAAGAUUAAAUAUUUGAAAAUUUUUAAUAACCCUUUGUCCGGCCAAAAUAAAUUAAAUUCAUGGAAUAAUCGACUCUGUAAUUCAUACUGCAUUUUAAAACAUUCAAUGAACCUAGAUUUUAAAUCUCACUGUGAUCAUUGUAAAGACUUGUCAGAUUUACUGGACACGACAUAUAUAUGUAAACUCUUGGUUUUAUUCAGAAUACUUAACAAAACCACUGUUUUGGAGAGCAUUUUUAUAUUCAUAUUUAACCAAAUCGCAUCAUUUUAUUGGAACUAUGAACUGCUCCUGGUAACAUUCUCGAAUGUAAUUUUAAAAAAUCUUGUCAACUCAGUCAGUUUGACGCAAUUAACAAACAGAACAUACUGUUUAUCGGACACACUACACUCAUUACUAGUAAAUAGGAAUAAUUAUUUAGAUGUAAAAUACCCUCACGCGGAAGCAGUUUUUAGAAUUUUGGGGAAUUUCUCAAUUAAUAUUUCAUUUUAUUACUCAAAUUUUAAUAUAUAUUCAAGAAAUAAAGAUAACACAUUUGUUAACCUCUUCAUCUCACUUAUCGUGAAACAUAUAAUUAAUGCAUCAAACCAGUCAAAUGUAAACAAAGCUCUACCUUACGGUCUAUUUGGACUGAAGACCAACUCUCAAAAUGAAUUUUAUUAUUUGAAAAUAUUUAUAGAGUCGUUUAUUAAAACGAUUUCAGACAAAUUCAAAAAAGGUCAUGUAGUUUAUAACCUCUCAAGCAUCAACACGUUCCUGGACCAAGAAACGUAUAACUUCAUAGUAAAAACAAAGUUCAAAAGUUAUUUAAACGAAACAGACCAGUUGCACUGCAGAAUAGCAGUGUUGCUUUUGUACAUAAUCGCCAAAUAUAACCAAAUUCCAAAUGUAAGACUGAAUGAAGUCUCAGACAUUAGGCUAUUGUACAGCAUACCAUGGUCUCCAGCAAUAGAAUAUUGCACAACAGAUCCUAAACUUAACCACAUGCUCCCGGACUUUAAAAAGGCUGUCAUAGAAUGUUUCGGAUCUGAAAUAUUCAUUUGCAACUGUGUUUACACAUCAUAUAAAACGAUUUUAAAUGAUUUUGUAAUCAACACUCUAGUCAACUAUAAUAAGAUUGGUUAUGACAGUUACUACCGGAACAUGUUUUACUUCUCAACUUUAGUGUCAUAUUCACAUAUGGUCCUUAUUCACAGGAGAAAAGGCCCACAGUUAACAUUUGCCUCCGAAUCUAUAUACUACGCACUCUCAAACUUCUUACUGGAUAAUUGUCUUGCAAACCAAAUCUCCACAAAUAACACUGAGUUGUCUAAGGCUGCAAAGUUUUCAAAGUCUGUGGAAAGUAAAUGGAUUUCACACUAUUUGACAACAUCAUACCUCUUCAACAAGUCAGCAUCAUAUCUGGCUCUUCUUGAUUCACUAAUUUUGUGUUAUAUAAUUGAAAAUUCAAGUGAAGAUGAAGAAAAAUUAACUCUUGAUUCUCUGUAUGAAUCCACAGUUAAUCCUGAUGCAUCGCUGGACUUUCAAAGGAAUAUUUCAUCUAAUUUUCUCUCCCUUAAUCAGAAUCCAAUCAAUUUAAUCCUGAGGAUCCCUGUUCAAACUCUAGUAGAAUUACUCAAAUUCAGGCUGUUUGGGAACCUUUUGAUUAUCCUGGUUUCUAAGCUGAAUAAAUACAUAUACGAGGGUUUCUCAAGUUUUCUUUCCUCCACAACUCUCCAAAUAGACUUGUUUCAAUUGUCAGCUCUCCAGGUGGUUUCCAUGAUAAACGUAUUCAUUGACCUUUCAAAGAACUUUACUAGUGAAUCUGUAAAACAGUUUAGAAGUUUUGUCGUGUGUUUGUUGUCAAAGAAUCCAAACAGCUAUGAUCUCAUUUUAUCCUCCGGUUUAUCACAAAACUCCUGUGUCAGGUUCAUAAAUGAUUUGUUUAAUCCAGACGCUUCAUUUAAUACGUCUGCUGGAAACUUCAAGCACUCCUUAAGAAUACACAGAGAAUACCCCAAUGAAUGGGCUAAAAACGACAUUUACUCUAAGGAGGGCGUUCAAUCACUCAAGACAUUAGAACCUACGGACAGGAUAGAUGUCGCUCUAUUUCACUUAUUCAACUUUCACUUGUUGUGCAUGGAUACUGGCCUUUCAAAGGAACUCAAUGAAAACUCCGGCUUAUUUCUCCAAAUUGAAGGUGUUGUAACAGCUUUCUGGCAGUUUAUUCAGGCGGUGACAGUUUCUGAGAUAACAACCGUCAUCAGGAGUUCAUUAAGCCUAAUCAUAAAACUUCACUACCUGUACCCGGCUCUUACGAAAACGUCCCUCUUGGAAAUAUCAAAGAUUUUAAACAGGGAAGAUAUUACGUCGUAUUCGAAGAACUCCAUAGAGGAAAUUGGGAACAUGUUAAAAAUAAUAGAGUAUAACGGCUUCAUGGUAAAUAACAAGGAUGGUAAAAAGCAGUAGAAGGUGAGGAAAUGACGUUUUUAUAAGUGUAUGAUAGAUCAUUAAGAAUAAUGUGG